GUCUUCCGAACUCUAGCGCAUUGCCAUUCGUGAGACGCGCCAAAGCUGGUGCGAACGUGUUGCCUUAAAAACCUACAUACUGGAGUAACACAUUAGUGCUUACUAUGGCAAAGUUUUUAUUAGUGGUAUUGGCGUGCCUCUGCGCUCUUGCAAACGCGCAAUUUAAAAAUCAAUUCCAAUCAUCGUUUGGCCAAAGUUCCUUCGGAAAUUCUGGAAUCCAGCGUCAACAACAAAGCUCGUUUGGGACACCAAGAAAUCAAUAUCAACAAAAUCAAUACCAACAAAACCAAUACCAACAAAAUCAAUACCAACAAAAUCAAUACCAACAAAACCAGUAUCAACAGCAAUCAGCAAGACAGAGUGUCGGAUCUUGCAGGGAGAGCAAUGAACGAAGUCCUGUUUCAGGAAGUUGUGACAGAUACAUCGAGUGUAUUAAUGGAACAGCAGAAGAAAAAACUUGUCCAGAUGGUCUUCGAUUCAACGCCAAUAGUAACUUCAAUGUUUACCCUUGUCAGUACCCUAACGAGGUACCCUGUUUGGAACGCUCUUCUUUACAGCCUGCUCAACCAACUGACGAUUGUCCCCACCAGUUCGGAUAUUUCAAACUAGGUGACGCUCGCAACUGCAGCGCUUUCCGGAACUGCGUGAAUGGCGUAGCAUACGAUUUCACAUGUCCCGAGGGUUUAGCAUUCAGCUCCGAGACCUACCGCUGUGAAUGGCCUGAUGAGGUCGCUGAUUGCGAUGCUGAAGCUUUCCUCGGCUUCCGCUGUCCCGCAGUGCCAGAAUCUAGAGAACUUGGACCGCCUGCUGGUUACAGAUAUUACAGGUCAGAUAGCGACUGCCAACGAUACUACAUCUGCAUCAACAGUCGUCCACGCGUCCUGGCCUGCGGUGGAGACAACGCCUUUGACGAACUGACGUCAACCUGUGUCUCUGCUGAUGAAGUAUCUGUUUGCCCUUCAGAUCUGCGAGCUGCAGCUGCAAGGUCCAGGGAAGAUGAGAAACAGAGAUUAGCCAAGCAAAUUCAGAUAGAUUCGAUUCCUCUAAAUCAGAGGAGGCGACAGUUUUAAAAUUUCUGGUUUUAUGUGAAUACAAUUUAACAAAAGUCAAAAAGAAUCCUACUCGAAGUACUUUUAAUUAUUGAACACAAAAUACCAUGAAACAGGCAAAAUACGUAAUUUGGAGGAACAAAAGUAUCAAAAUUAUCUGAACUAUCAAACUAAAUAACCAAAAGUAUCUACUUACUUACAUAUAU